GUUAUAUGAAUAUUUUUCCCUCGAAAAUUAAUUCGUGCUAAAAUCCAAAAUCAGGUACCUACAUUUUAAAAAUGCCUAAAAAAAGGGAAGCGUUUUCUGAAACCAAUUUACUAAAAUCCAUAUCUGCUGUGCUAAAUGAUGGUUUGAGCAAAAAAGGAGCUGCCAAACUGUUUAAUGUUUCAAGAUCAACAUUACAGUUUAGGCUGAAGAAUCCUGAUGGUAAAACAACUUGUGGCCCUAGUACUAUUUUAACUGCAGACGAAGAAAAACUUUUGGAGACCUGGAUAUUGGAAAGUUGCAAAAAAGGAUUCCCUCAGCGCAAGGAAGAUUUGCAGCUCAGCGUUAAACAAUUUUUGGAUAAUGACAAUAGACCUAAUCCGUUUAAAAACAAUUUACCAGGAGUUGGUUGGUAUAAAGCUUUUAUGAAUCGACAUCCAUCCAUUUCUGUAAGAACUUCUGAACAUGUAACAGGUGCUAGUGCCAACACGUGCGACCGCGGUGACUUCCUUCGUUAUCGCCAACAAGCAGCAGCGGAACCCGUGUACAAAAUAUAACCGUACGACGACACCCGUAACACCCACAGCUGGUCACGUCGGGCACACGGACACUAUAAGGUACCUAGUUCAAAAUGAGUCUAUUCAACACGUCGUACCUGAUGGGCAACGACACGACGGGCGGAUGGGGUCCCAGGUACUUUUUCACGUUCUACUCAGAGUUCGGCGACGAGCAGGCCGAGUCGGCUGUCGAGGUGACAGUGUUCAUGGUGAUAUUCGCCGCGUCCGUCGUGGCCAACGUGUCCAUCGCCUGGGCCGUGCUCAGGUACCGGGAGAUGCGCACCGUCACCAACUGCUUCUUGCUCAAUCUCACCGUGGCCGAUCUGCUGUUCGCCGUCACCACGCCGGCGCUGGCCUACGUCCGCGCGCCCGACUGGCCGUUCGGCGACUUUGUGUGCCGGUUGUUGCCUUAUUCGCAGUUUGUUUGCGGUUUCGUGCUGCUGUGGACGCUGACGCUGAUCAGCAUGGACCGGCAUCGGUGCAUCGUCGUGCCGCCGUACCGAUCGCAACUGACGCCUCGCCGUGCCACCGUGCUCACCGUGCUCACGUGGCUGAUCGCGCUGGCGGUGUUCAUGCCGGUGCCGUUCUGGUUCCACGAACAGGCCGUGAUGGGCGGCACGGCGGUGAACGUGUGCACGCUGGUGUUCCCCAAGAACGACACAUUCAAAAUGUCCAUCGUGUUUACCGUGUCCGUGGUAUCCUUGUCCUGCAUCCUACCGCUGUCGCUGUUCGUCUACCACUACCAGAGGAUAUUUCACAAGUUGAACAAGACCCGACGGCGGAUCGAGCACUCGGUCUCGCAUCGGUCCACCGCCGUCCACACUGCGUCGCGGAACAGUCUGUCGCCGCCCACCAACGGUUCCACGCCACAGGUUUUGGUGCGGCACGAAGAGCUCCGGUACAGGAAGCACGUGCGAGUGGUGCGCGUGCUGCUGAUCAACGUGAUCGUGGUGCUGGUGAUGUGGCUGCCGAUCACCGUCGUGAUGUGCCUGAUCUACGUGGACGGCAGCCGGGACACGGAGGACACGGGCUACUUCCUGCGCUCGCACCACUUCAUCAUGGGCCUGCUGUUCGCGCUGCUCAACACCGUCGUCAACCCCAUCCUGUACGGCGUGCUGUCCGAGAACUUCCGCAAGUGUUUCGCCCGGCUGUGGUUCAUAUCGAAGCGCCGGCGGGCCAUGCACAGGGAACUGUUGGACAACGCCAGCAAGGGCGGCGCCCGGACGCCCAGCAACGGCCACUACAACUCGACCCUGCAACCGGGAAGUUCGGCGUCCGUGGUCGAGCUUCCGGCCACCGCGAUCGUGUCGUCGUCCGCCACCAACGAGUGUUGGUGACGAGGCGCCCGCGCGCUCGACCAUCCCCCCCCCCCAAGGCCCCAACACAUAAUAUUAUAUCUGCACGAUUUGCGAACACAAUCGCAACCGCAUAGAACGGCGUGACGUGGGUAAUAUCGUAUAAUUAAUAUUCCCUUAAAUAUUUAAUAUAUAAUAAUUUGUAACACGCCUUUGACGACCCUUUGUCGAUGAUAUAUACCUACAUCGCAAAGGUGUGUGUAAUUCGUUUUAUUCGGAGCAAUACAUAUAGAACAUUACAGCAUAUUAUAGGCCUAUUAACUACGAAUACGUAUUCGAUUUCGCAGGACGUGCGUACAGAUUAUUGGCGUAAAUCGCAUAGAUACGGUUGCUAAGGGUGACUAAAUAUCGUAUGUCCUAUACGUCUUAUAGCACCCCGUGAUAAUCUUAAAAAUAAUUGAACGUCUUUUGAGUACUUACCACAACAAUGGGUCGAAACGGGCUAUCGAACUUAUCGUUUAUCUCGCUGCAGACGUUGGAAGAGACGUUUAUUCUGUAAUAAAUAAGAAACUAUUUAAACAAAUAAUAUAUAUUAUUAUGACUAAGCGUGCAUUGUAAUCGAAUGACUACAUAGUUGUACAUUAGUACGAUAUUAAUAUAUUAUAACGUAUUAAUAAAUAUAAAUAAGUCAUUUGUUUUGCAUAAAAAUUACCCACCUACAAUGAAUUUAAAUUAUUAAUUUAUUUUAUUCGAUUGAUAUAAAGAUAUCAAAAUGUAACGGAUGAUAUGUUCCCUUUUAAAAUUUGUUCGGCGUUUACACCUCCAAUAUUUUUUUAAUGAUUUACGCCUAUGCUAUUAGGUAUGCGUACAUAAUAUAAUAUGUUCUAUGCACCGUUUUACCUCUAAACAACCCCUACCUCUCGACCCUACUUUCAGCGCAUAUCUAUACCUACGCAUAUAAUAUGCGUGUGAAUUAGGUCAGGCUAAAGUUUAGAUGUUGUCUUACCUAACCCAAUCACCAGAGUUAUUAUGGAUUAUAGCGAUGUGUACAUAAUAUUAUGGUUCCCGAUUAACAGCCCCCGCGAUUUUAGUCAAAAACACUCCCCUACCAAUCCCACCCCGAAAGCACGCCAUGACAUCGGAUGAUCUCACUAUAAUAAUUUAAUGUUAUUAUGAUAAUAUUAUUGUAAUGUAAAUAUUAUUAUUUAUUAUAAAUACCUACGAUAUAGACUUAUCUUAUACAUACCUAUACCUAUACAAUGUAUAUGUUAUAUAUAAUUAAUAAUAUAUUAGUGGGUAUAUAUACCCGUAAUUCUUCAUACAUUUAUUAAUUUAUGUUAUUAUUAUACUAUUAUUACUAUUGUCCUAUUGAUGUAUUGUAUCGUAUAUUUUUUUAGUUUUGUAGAAUGUCAUUUUUUUUUAUUUUUUAGCAUUAACGUUUUUUAUCUAUAGUUAUGUUUAUAUCCAAGAACACACUACACAAUAUUAUUAUAAUUAUGUGACUAUUUAUUUAUUAAAUUAAUGUACAUGAUGGUUAUUUAAUCGGUGUAACAUAAGCAAACGUGGGAAACAAUAUACCAAAGUGAUUUUUUUUUAUGUAUAACAUGUUAUUUUAACGAGUCCCAUGUGUUACCCAAUAUAAUUACAUUAUUAUUUAUUAUCUAUGUUA